GCGAUUAUUUUGAGGUUAAGUGUAUGUGGUAUAUGUAUACAUUGUGAUUAUCAAUGUUCGUUCCCAGGAACUAAAUUCAAUCUGCAAGUGACAAAACUUUUUGUUUAAUUGAAUUCAACAGGAUUUGCAACUUUAAAGUUUUAAAAGUGCGUACUUCAGAAAGAUUUCGGUUGGCAUAUGCCGUGUAUCCUUGGGAAAAUACAUGCUUCAUGGAACUCCUCUAACUGCUCUAGCACUUCAAAAUACCUGACAAGUGUAAUGCUAUGAUUACUGAACGAUUGACUCACAUUUUCUUUGAAGAAACUACUUAGUGAUGCAGUGUUACAAGUGUUACCAUUUAUUGUCUCCCACAAGUAUGAAAAAUGUUCUGCGACUCCCUCUCGCUCAGUCACUAUCAUGUAUCAAGUAUUCUCCUGCUGGCCCCAUUGUACCCAGCGUAAUAGUGUUAAAUAGUAGAAGUUAUAUCUAUGAACCAGACAAAAAAGGUAAAGGUUAUCCUUACCAAAAAGAUGUCUGGCCCGAAUUUUUUAAAUUAGAAAAUUAUCGGGGUAUCUGGCCAUUCUUUGUUAAAGAGUCAAAGAAUGCCUGGGAAGAAUUCAAAGACCAUUGGCGAAACGAUCCUAUCAUGGAUUACAGACAUAACGAGGUAGAUAUUUGGUGGAGGUUUCGAACUGAAAAAGACCUUGAAAAAUGGGUAGUGACUACAGAUAGCGAUCUGGCUGUUGGUAGAAGUGAGGCUAGUUUAACCAUUAGCCCACAAGGGUAUGCUCUGUUUUCUGGUAAAAUAUCAACUGACUUUCCUCAAGAUGGGAUAAUCAAGCGAUCCGGCUUUGCAAAUUUCGGCUCACUCCCGGCAAUGAAAUCAUUUGGCCGUGAAACAGUUUAUGAUUGGACACUUUACACACAUCUAGUAAUGCGUGUAAGAGGCGAUGGCCGGUCUUACAUGAUAAAUAUGCACUUAAAGAAUACUGCGGAUGCUUGGUGGUUUGAUAUUUAUCACUUUAUUCUAUUCACUCGUGGUGGGCCUUAUUGGCAAACUGCCAAAAUACCUCUUUCAAAAUUUUUUCUUGGAAGCAAGGGUCGCAUUCAGGACUCCCAGUUUCCACCCCCUCUCGAGAGAAUCAUGAAACUUAGUUUCACUAUCGGCGAAGGAACUCAGAGUGGACCAUUCAGUUUAGAAAUACAAUACAUAGGAUUAACUCACGAUGACACUCAUCGCGAAGAAACAGCCUACGAGAUGUACCAGGUGCCAGUAUUUCUAGUUGCGCAUUAAAUUGCAAUAUGUUUUGUAAAUACAGUCAAAAAUAAAAAUCUUGUUAAACCUUAAAGACACCUGAUUGAUGAACAUAAAUUGUGAAUACCAACUGCUUUGUUAUUAAAAAUCUUGUUACAAUGUCUCA